CCUACAGCAAUCCUCCUGAUUAGCUAGGAUUACAGAUGUGAGGUACUGGUUCCUGGCUUUAUUUUUUUCUGAGACUGAAUCUUGCUACUAGCCCAGGCUGAUCCUUCCGCCUCAACUUCCCAAGUGCUACCAUGCCCCGAGAUAAGGUUUAUAGAAGGUUAAAGACUGUUGGAGGCAUAGAGAUGUAUCAGUGGUAUUGUUUUUCUGGAUUGUUAACUAUCUCAGCUGCUUAGUGAUGCAGAACUUUGGAGUGGAAAAAGUUUAUUGCGUGUCUCUAUUUAAUGAUGAAUCUCUUUAAUGAUUUCUGUUGCUUCCUGCCUAGUCUUACCUCACUUCCCCCCAACUUUCAGUGCCCCAUCAGCCUCUGUCUGCCAGUAUUCAUGUCAGGGACCCAGCUUGUUUGGCAGUCUGGCUUUAGGGUACAGCUAGAAAACCUUCCUUGAUAGCGCAGUGAGUUUGCAGUUUCUAAGCUGUGGUUUUGGCUAGAGACAUGAAAAAAAAAAACAAAAAACAAAAAACAAAACUUGGACAUUAAGCAGAAUAUUGAGGAUGAGAAAAGGAUAUGCUUAAAAUAGAUCUCAUGUGCUUCUGUUUAGCUACACAGUAAUUCGUAAAACGUGGAAGGGGGGGGGAUUGAACCCAGGGCCUCUUCCACAGAGCUCCACUGCCCAGCCCCUAAAACAAAUGGUUUUCUGUAGCUUCAAAGACAAACACACACUUUCCACAUCUUCUCUUUGACUCAUAAGGAAUGUAAAUGCAUGGCUUGCCCAUCUUCACACAUUCUGCGUCUCCAAGGAAGAUACAGUCAUUCUGAAAAGCUGCGGGAUGAAUCACUCUGAAAACUUUUCUUCCUUUGUGCUAAAGUCAUGACUUUGUGGAUAGUGGACUGUCCAUCUCAGUAGUGCCUUUAUUUAACGUCCCUUCUCCUUGGCUCAGUCAACCGAUACGCGCUCAGCACACCCAUUGCACCUCGUUUGUCCCCAGCGGAUUAAUCUGCCAGGAAAACACAGCUAUCUGUAGCCCUCAGGAAACAGCAGGGCGUUCCUGUGAACACCAUCAACACUAUAUUUAGUUAAUAAAAGAACUGCAGAAUAGGAUUGCAAGCAGCUGUGUUUGCUGUUGGCAUGGCGUUCACAGUACCACAAGGCAGAAACAGACCUGUAGAAAGAAAAGGGCGAUGUUCGUCCCUUCAGCUGCCAGUGACCGUCGUCAGUCUUACUCCUGGUGUUUAUCUACUUUUCUGCGGUCAGUGGGGCUCUGAGACGAUUCUGUGUAGCACGCAUUUGAAGGCAGUAAUUUUGGAUGUGAAACUUGGAGGCAGGUAGGAGGGAAAUGGAAAGUCUGAAAUGAGACCUGCCUGAUGGCUUCACUUACAUCACAGGUGGUUUGUGGCCUUGAGCGUGGACAAGGCCACAAGUGGUACUUUUCUCCUUGUUGCUUUAGUUCCUGCCUCUUCAGCAUUUCCCAAAACUAGGGUACAACUAACCCUUUUACUGGAAACUUUUCUGCCUGGAGAGGGGAAAAAAAAAUUCUUCUGUGUCCAAAGAAAUGGGAUGGAAAUUGAAAGUAAGUGCCAGGAUGUCUCACUGAAAUAGGGCCGUUAGAAAGAGGGAAGGAAAUAAUUUUGUUUCUGAUUAAGAGCAGAAGGGCAAGUUGAGAGACUAGUGUGGCUGAAGGGAGUUGAUCACCUGUGCCAGUCUCGAACCCCCACACUCCAAGACUCCAGUACAAUAGCCUUUAAGUGUUCUUUGAGUCUAUAUCUUUUAAAAAAGUUUUUGAUCUAUAUUUUUAAAACAGUAUUUGCUGUAUAGCCUGCUUACUUGUCUUUGAAACCACAAAGAGACGACCCCUCUGCUUGAAGGUUCUUGUUUCUGAGAUUUUCUUUACUGAAAUCUCAGCUAACACAUUCCUUUUCUGUCAGGGCAUACUUAAAAUGAUUUUGUGGGCUUAAUCUGAGUGUUUCAUUUGUUCUUUGUCUGCAUGUGUCACUGAGUAUGUGGAUGUCUGUGGAUCUUCUACCCCGAGUAAGAUGGUUUCAGCAUAUAGAACCAGCUCUUAAAACUGGACAGUCUCUAAAACAAGAAAAUUAGAAAAAUAAGAAGGGCUCUGGAUGUAGCUCAGUGGCAGAGUACUUGCCUAGGGUGGACAAGGCCAUGGGUUUGAUGUCCAGCACCCCCUUCACACACACUCACAUGCACACUAAAAGAGAACUGGGCAGGUUUCCUGCUGCCCUCCCCUGGAUGCAGCGGCAGCCUGGGAAGCUAACUGGUGUGGUCUUCAUUCACGAACUUGCCCUUGAAGGUGCUUCAUGCAUUACUCUGAUCUCCACCCUCACUCAUGUCACCUCUAUUUUUCCCCUCCUCUUGGCCUUUCUAGAACCUUUGGGCCAUUUUGUCCUGACUUUUCUUCUAGUCCAUCCUUUAGGUUAUUAACUUCUGGUUCAAAGCCCUUUGUCACCAUCUUUAGUCAAAAUCACACUAGGCAGUAUUUGUGUCAUUAGCCUAAACCCUAAACUUCCUAGUAGCCUGUUGUCCUAUCACCUCUGGUUGGUUGCAGGUGCCAUGUGGUCACAAAAGUUAAAGACAUAGUCGAUCAUCACAUGCUUCCAAUUGCGGACCACUGCUUAUUGCCACCAAGGUGAACUCUGUCUCUGUCUGGUUGUCUGGUUUGAAUGCCUUAAGCUCAUUCUAAUCUCAUUAUAAUGAUAAAAACACAUUCACUGGCGCCAUGACAGAUCCAGUCAUGCCCACAUGAGGGAAGAGGAGACACCCUGAUUCCUGGAAAUCAUGAUGUCAGCUUGCAUACCACGCCCCCUUCUGACCUAGUUCUUGCCACUAGACCCUAGACCUGCACCCAGAAGAUACCUUAGAGUAUGACCUCCCCUUCGAUGUCCUGUGACUGUUGAAUAAAAUCUCCUGCCUGCUCCCAGCAUAGCAUGCUUAUUUAGGAACUGUUCUGAGAAAGAGAAAGAACUUAAAGAUCUGCACCGUUUACUAAGCUGCAGAGGUCAGUGCAUGGGCUUCAAAGCAUUUCUUGCUCUGCUCCUUAGUAAGGUCCUAACAGUUUAUCUCUUUGCUUUUCCUCCCCGUCACCUGUGCUUUGGCACCCCAGCAGCCAAAAACAUUUGGCCGUGCUUACUUAAUUUGGGCUGACUUCCUAGAGGACAACAUAGCCAAUGUUGACAUGACAGAGUCCCUUGUCUUGUGUUUUCUCUCGUGGUCUAAUUUGAAAUGUGCUCUAGCUUGGAAAGUCUUCUUGGUGUUUAGAAGUUUGAAAGUGACCCAGAAAAUUGCUUUGAUGAUACUGGAAUGUCCUUUGAAGCUUUAGAGACCGUUAGCUUGUGGAGCUGACAACGUGCAUAACAUUUGUCUUUAAAUGAAAAAGAAGUUUAAAAAGUAAUAACCACACCCCUACAUUUGCUUGACAGAUGGCAGAGAAAAAAAAAAUCUUCCUGUCUUUACCUUGACCAGACUUCUGGGAGGUUAGUUUGCAUGAAAACUUCAACGUGGUAAUGUGGACAGCUUGAGAAUUGCAACUCAAUCACUUGUCUGGUUUGGAGGUGGAAAAAAGAAACAAUAAGCACACAACUCUGUCGACUUAUUUCACCCCACAACAUACAGAAGCAUGUGUGAUAUGGCCGACUUUCAAGUGAUAUUCUCAUCUCGGGUACAGUUCUUCAGUCUCCAAAUCCUUUCUGUGCACGGUAUUCCCACUUGUACAUACAGAGAGACGGGAGAAGGUCAUUAACUUAUCUUUGGUGAAAGCAAAGAGUAUAGGAUCUAGAACUCCUGGCAUUCAGCCUGCUGCUCUUUUGUCUGUGUUUCUUAAUACUCGCUGUAAUAUUGUACUCAUUGACACAUUUGGAUCAGACUCUCUCAGUAUCAGACACCUUGGGGGCAUCCGGAAAGUCCAAACAGUAGGCUGUGUGUUUGUACUGUGGAUCAGUGACCAGGUGGGUGAUAGAAUCUACUUGCAAUUGGAAUUUUGCAGAUAAGCUGAAGAUAGUAUGUGGAAUUGGAUCCAGCCACCAUCACCUGGAAAGAGCAGACUACUGACAAUAUUAGGCAGCUAAAUCUUGGUUUCUGGAAGCCAAAUAUAUAUGGUCUACACGGUCUCUGUUGUUAUCUGCUCCAAUCUGUGUGUUUGUUUAGAUCAUCAUCAGCGGCAAGUUUGUUUUGUAAUCUCUCUCUUCCUAACAUCUGCUGGCGGUCUGCUUUGAAGAACUGACAGAGCACAAUGGAGGAAGAGGUGUUUGCUUAAUGGCAAAGACGACAGACUUCUUUGCCUCUGUCAUCUUGAACCCUAACUUCUUGCCUUAAAUUACAAAAUCGGACAGCUGUACAUGAUCAGCAAGCACAGCCAUGAGCAGAGCGACCGGGGAGAAGGGGUGGAGGUCGUCCAGAAUGAGCCCUUUGAGGACCCUCACCAUGGCAAUGGGCAGUUCACCGAGAAGCGGGUGUAUCUUAACAGCAAACUGCCUAGUUGGGCUAGAGCUGUUGUCCCCAAAAUCUUUUAUGUGACUGAAAAGGCUUGGAACUAUUAUCCCUACACAAUUACAGAAUAUACAUGCUCCUUUCUGCCGAAAUUCUCCAUCCAUAUAGAAACCAAGUAUGAGGACAACAAAGGAAGCAAUGACCGCAUUUUUGACAAUGAAGCCAAAGACCUGGAGAGAGAAGUUUGCUUUAUUGAUAUUGCUUGUGAUGAAAUUCCAGAACGCUACUACAAAGAAUCCGAGGAUCCUAAACACUUCAAGUCUGAGAAGACAGGUCGGGGACAGUUGAGGGAAGGCUGGAGAGAUAGUCAUCAACCCAUCAUGUGCUCCUACAAGCUGGUGACCGUGAAGUUUGAGGUGUGGGGGCUUCAGACCAGAGUGGAACAAUUUGUGCACAAGGUAAGUGAUCAAAAGCGGUUCCUGAGCCUCGGACAAGGUCACUGCCUUUAUUGGCAAGUUAGAGUACAUGAUGUCCAAACAGUGGGAGCCAGUAACAGGUAACUAUCUAGAAAACACUUUUGGGGGUGAAGAUGCAUUUUCUCUGUGGGCUUCAUUUUCUCCUGCUACAAGAUACAGAUGUUUUGCACCCCACCUCUCAUUCCAUGACCUCCAUCUCUAUCGGGUGAGUAUAUCUGGGAAGCGGGGCUUUCAGAAUGUACCUCUCACCUUGGCAUCUGGCUAAUGUACUUGCAGGCAGAGGCUCUUGGGAAGAGGCCAGGCAGCUUAUCUGUGUGCACAGCUCCUGGGGCUAAUUCUCGCUCAGAAGAUCUUGCAGACGUAGGCAGCAAAAGUAGACGAUGCCUCAAGAGACAGAACAAGAACUCCUUGUCGUCCCGUUGGACAGCACACCUCAGCACUUCUGCUCACUUCAUAAUUGUUACAGGAUUACUAACAGCCACAAAAUGUAGAUUUCAAAGGCGCACUCAUUUUGAGGCAGGGACCUGCUUUUUGACAACUUCAGUUCCCUCGGGGUUUCUAACAUGAUUCUUUCCCACAUGACUC